UCGGAUUAGCCAUCUGGAUACAAUGCGUCAAGCUUUAACCGGAUAAUCUUUCACCGAACGGAGAAACGGUGGAACCAAAAUAAACCCUAAACCCCAAAUCGGGAGCUUGCAAUCAUCUUCUCGCCAACAAUCCGGCGGCUCUUCGUUGAGUUCAUCAGGGGUGCUUGCAAGUAAAGAUGGCGCGCAAUGUAUCGGGUCAUUCGGGGUCUCCUGAUAGGGGUCGAGGCUCUCCUCGGAGGAGUCCUUCUCGGAGAAGCUCUUCGCGAAGGGAAAAGUCGCCUGGACGGCACAGGGGUUCGCGCAGGAGUCGCUCUCCAGCGAAUGACAAACGCCCGAGCCGCCCACGGUCUCCUCCACGCAGGAGUUCUCCACCUCCAGCUUCGCGGUCCCCUUCUCCGCGGACAAAGCGGCUGCGGAGAUCUCAGAGUGAUCGGGACUCAGAGAAAUUAACCAGGCGAGAGUAUGAUAGGAACCGCGGCGAGAGAAAUGACAAGGGUGGGCACCGCGAAAGGAGCUCUGAUAGGGAAGUUGGGGGCGAUAGAAGAGAGAGAAGGUCGGAAAGAGAUGACACCAAUGGAAAGUCUUCUAGAUCAAGACCUGGCCGGUCUACUUCUCCACCGGAACAUCACCAUAGGAGCAGGCAUCGUUCUCACUCACCUCAGCCAGCUGCAGAUGCCAGAACACGUGACGAGGCGUCAAAUUCUAGAAGAUCUGAACAGCGGGAUGAUGAAAUGGACCCAGUGGCAAAGAUGGAGGCUACUGAGAAGGCCUUGGAAGAAAAGCAGAAGCAAAAACCUUCAUUUGAGCUAUCUGGAAAGCUUGCUGCUGAAACGAAUAAAGUGAGAGGUGUGACGCUACUUUUCAAUGAACCACCUGAGGCUCGUAAACCUGAUAUGAGAUGGAGACUUUAUGUUUUCAAGGCGGGGGAAGUGCUUAAUGAGCCCCUUUACAUUCACCGUCAAAGCUGCUACCUUUUCGGGAGAGAGAGGAGGAUCGCAGAUAUUCCCACAGACCACCCAUCUUGUAGCAAGCAACAUGCUGUCAUUCAAUUUAGGCAAGUAGAGAAAGAGCAACCUGAUGGCACAUUAUCAAAGCAAACGAGGCCUUAUUUGAUGGAUCUUGGAAGCACAAAUAAGACAUUUCUAAAUGAGAAUGCCAUUGAACCUCAACGAUAUUAUGAAUUAUUUGAAAAGGACACAAUUAAGUUCGGUAACAGCAGCCGGGAAUAUGUAUUGUUGCACGAGAACUCUGCAAAUUGAUGACCAUGGUUCUCUUCGAAUAUAUUCCAGUGGAUUCCCGCUUGCGGACAAAUCCCGAGAUGUUCUUCUUCUUAAUGAUGAGAGUGUUCGUUGUAAAGAAUCAAGUUUAUCAGGGCCCAUAGUAAACCUUAUCCUUAGUUAUUUGUUCUUAGCAUGAGUACUCUCUACCUUGCCUGUAUUUUUCCGGGUGGAGAUCUGCAGAGGAUUUUCUUUUUGAAGUGACGUUUUAUGUGUUAUUGCAAAAACGAGCUUGUCGUGGACGGCUUAUUCUCAAUACUUUUCUGGUCUUCAUAUUGA